GCGGCAGGGGGCGCUGCGGCGGCCCGUUCCUCGCCGGCGGGGCGAGCGGAGGAUGCUGAGCCGCCUGCAGGAGCUGCGCAAGGAGGAGGAGACGCUGCUGCGGGUGAAGGCGGCGCUGCACGACCAGCUCACCCGCCUCAAGGUGGAAGAGCUGGCGCUACAGUCCAUGAUCAGGUCCGGAGAGGGGAGCGUAUCGGUCCCUCCCGCAGCGGUUGCAGAGGAGGCUCAAGAAACUCUUGGGCAGAUGGACAACGAGGCUGCUAUCAAUCAAACUGAAUUGCACCUAAGUCUUCAAGACCAUGAAGAGGAGGAGGAGGAGGAGGAGGAGGAAUCCGAUUCUUGAGAGAAAAAAGUCAGAGCUGGUUUUUAGUACAGACUCAGGAAUUUCUUCUUCGUUCAUAUAACAUUCACCAACUGACUUUCAUUUUGUUGUAGACAUGGAGAUGAGCUGUAUGAUACACGAGGCUCGUGGAGCCCAGGGAAGUUACACUCGAACACAUGAAUGUCACAGGCUUGGCACGUCUUCACUUAGAUGUUAAAAGAAUUAAAAUUUGCUGCACAAAUAUGUAGCAUAAUCUGUUCCGUAUGUAAAACCUAAUGUAGCUUACUACAUCUUUAUAUGUGGAUGGGAGAAGUCAUUCAUCAAGUCAGACUAAUUUGACACGUACCCUAAAAGCAAUAAUUCGUCUGUUCUUAUUUCCUGAUGCUGAAAAAUAAAUCCAGGCCACAGAGGCUGGUUGCUGAACCAAUGAUUAUGUUAUAACCUCAUUUGCUUAAACUGGGAAUUUAAGACGGGCAGGGAGAAAAGAGGUGUGCAGGAUUGUCUGCGGGCUGUCAGCUGCCGUGGUCUCGGUCAUAGGGAAAACUGGACUCUCGCUCCCCAUAAAUGGGACAGAGAUAGAAGUGUUCUUGCGCUGGGAGAAGCAGGUACUGCACCGUCACCCUAAUUUUGAGCGCGCUAUCAAGGUGGCUUCUCUUUGUACCCACUGGUGCUCUUAAAUGCGGUCAGUCUGACUCCAACAGUGAAGUAUUUUCUAUUUCUUGCUCUUUCAGAGUAGCAGCCAAUUAGCCUUUCAUUUGUCCACAGAUUGUAGAGGAAGAACUGGCCCGUCUCACUUGUAAUAAGGAACUAUUAUUUUAAAAUUAGUGUUAGUUUCUUUUUCCCUCACAGUAACUUCAUGAAUCAAUGCAAGUCUACCUUCUGCUUUCACGUGGGCUUCAAGGAGGAGUAUAAGGAGUUUUAAUUAUAAAAUGGAAAGUGGUUUGGAGUCCCCUCCGCAAUAAUGGUACAGUGACAAACCAGUGCUGCUCUCACCGAUAGACAACGUGUUCUUUCUCCUCGUGGAGUGCAGACACUGUCUGGCCACGUGGUUAUUUUAUCAGUUCCUGGAGACUUGUUUUAAAGCACAGUAACCCAAAUCUGUUGAUUAAAGCCACUAAAAGUAAUCUUCUAACCCCGCCACUUUGUCAGUUGUCUUACUGGGAAAAUGGUCAGCUACAUCCAGGGUUGUUGAUUGCACAACUUGUGUCUGAAGGUGCUGUUGCUGUCUCUGGCAUCGCUCAGAGAACACGGAACAAAUAGUGUUGUCAAGUUUGCCUUCAGGAGCAGGAAAGGUGCCUGGAAAAGCGGCCCGUCUCCUGGGUGUGGGCAGAAUAGCUGAUUCAACCCCCCCAAGUUCCUGCCACUGUUUGAGGAGAGACUGUUUAUUUGGUUGGCAGUGGUGGAAACUGAAUGUUGGAAUGUAAAUAUAGUUUCAUCCUCUACUAAAGACUAUCUGGUUUUAGCGAAGCCUGGAUGGCGUAAUGAAGGAGCUUAGAAUGCAAGUGCAGGAGAUGUAGCAAAGCUUUCCCAAGACUCAUGGGUUAAAAAAAAAUUAAAAGAAAAUAAAUUCUGAGCCAAAACUAUCAAAUAAUUCCUCGAAAGUAUGCGUGUGAAGAGCUGGUUUGUGAGGCGCUCAGGAGCCAGCCUCUCCUUGCUUCACACGUUACGCUGCUCUGCACCUUUGGGGUGCCUCGCUCAGCGCCUCGCCUGUCCGAGAGCCGGGCCGCGCGCCGCCUCUGCUUUGCUUCUGGGCACAUCACACUCUGGAGCCGUUGCUCCUGGGUUUCAUCUCCAAAGGUUAAUUCUGACUGCUGAAAAAUGUUAUUUGUUCCCAGCAUGUUUCAGAGUAGUUUCUGUGGAUAUACUUUACGUUCUUUCUUCCUGCUACCUUUGGCUAAUGAGGCCCUUGUUUGUUUUUGGAUUAAAGUGGAUGAUUUCUGUUGCAUGUUGCAAUAAAGUACGUUACCUGGUGCCCUACUACUACCUGUACUGUGCUUCUGUUGUUAAAAUUACGUGGAGCAGACAAGUAAAAGGGGGUUUAAAUCUCUAAAAAGUUGCUGUUCACAUACUGCAUAUUUCUUUUACCAAACAGUAAAAAGUGCUGCUGUU